AUGCCCUGGUGGCUUCGACCUUGCUACUUCCCAACUAGAUUUGCAGGGCAAUUCUCUAAUCACAUGAUUGCGUGUAGCGUAGCACCUGCACUUUUACAGCCAGGCCCCAAGUGCGACGGGAACCCCGAGUUGGUGAUGAUAAUGUCGAUUUAA